AUGGGUGUUCCAAGUUCCGAAGUUCCAGCCUUUGUCCAAAGUUUGAGUCGCCGCAGCAUACGGCACGGCAUGAAGCUCUUACCACCGAUCGCCGCCGCGGCGCUUCUCCUCGUCGCUGUGGCGGUAGCGGCGCGCGUGCCGGCGGCGCGUGCGGCGGGGUGGGUGGAGCUGGACCUCAAGCAGACAGGCGUGGCCAGUGACGCGGCGCUCGCGCAGACAGCAGCGGGAAUCGCGGUGGAGCAGUACAACGCGCAGACGGUGAGUCGCUCGUAUCAGUGA